UCUCAGGCACAGUUUCACUGCGACACAAAGGCUUUGGGAGUUUAGCCGAAAGGUAAAGAUGGAUGAGGUUGAUAUUAUAGAGAAUGGUAAUAUUUUAUAGGCUGAUGUUUUUGCUAUCUUGCUUUAAGCACAGAGGGCAAGCCCAGUUGUUGUUUGAGUCCUGACAGUCUAAACUCUGGGUUUCAAAACCACAUAACCAACCAAUGACGUAAAGGGCGUGCCAGGGAUCUCGUGAUACAAGGAAAUAAAGGCUUGUUGGUGAAACCAGUGCAGUGAAGUAAUUUCGUCAAAGGGUAUCGCUCACACAAGAAUGAGAAACAUGGAUGGUCGGGCCGGUUUCGUCGUUUUGUUGUGCCUGAUGGGAUUCACCUGUGCGAACCCAGUGAAAUUUAUUGACUGCGGCUCCUCUUCUGGCAAAGUUGUGAUGGUGGACAUUAACCCCUGUGCUACUCAGCCCUGCCAGCUUCACAGAGGACAGUCCUCCAGUGUCAAUGUGACGUUCGCUAGUGGUCAGUGUCCCCAGCAGCGUUGCGUGUCGCAGCUGUCUUUUGCCCAAACUCUGAUCCCACCAUUACGUUGUCCUCCUCAAGGUGUGGAGAGCAAGACGAGCACAGCAGUGGUUCACGGCAUCAUCGCCGGCGUUCACAUCCCGUUCGGCAUCCCAGUGGAAGACGGCUGCAAGUCCGGAAUCCAGUGUCCCAUAAAUAAGCAGCAGACGUACUUCUAUGUGGCUACACUACCUGUGAAGUCUGAGUAUCCUCCUAUAAAGCUGGUGGUGCAGUGGGAGCUGAGGGACGACAACAAACAAGACUUGUUCUGCAUCAGGUUCCCUGUUCAGAUUGUGUAGAGUUUCUGCUAAAAGUAACAAGACAUCUGACGGAUGUCUAUUUAAAAGGGAUUCAGCUUUAGUGGAAAACUUGACAAUGCAAACAAUUCUAGUGAAAUCUCAUUUUUAUUCAUUCAUCAAGUUGACUUUGGAGAUGUCUUCACUGGUUUUCAUGACUCUGCUGCACACCUCUAAAAUAAAAUUUGCUUUGUUUGAUAUCCUGAUUUGCUUAACGAUCAAUUUUAAGCGUUGUGGAUGUGAAAACGGGAUUAAUGAUUGUGCAAAUGACCCUUUACAACAUUCCAAUAUAGCACAAAUAUCUUGUCUUACUGGCUGCUGUGUAGUCAGAAAAGGUACGAAGUGUACUUUUUCUUUACUAUAAAUUUUGUAAUAUUUCUGACCAGACCUGUGGAAUUACAUACUGUAAAAGAAUAUGCAACAGAACUGCUAAUAAAGAAAUCCUCUCAAGGGUAACCACAUAAUGCGUAUUCUGAUUGUGUACAUGUUUUCAAAAACCAGUGUUGAAGUUCACUAGAUUCUAACCUUGAUUUAAUUUUGAAUGCUGGAGUCUAACUGCUGCCACAACUUAAGAUGAACACUUUACAUGGUUAAAGCUACAUUUUCAGAAAUUAAGUGGACAAAACAGUACACGUUAUAUUAAGGUUGUGCAAAUUUCAGAAGAUUAACGGUAACUGGAGUAAAAUGUAAACAA